AUGGGCUUCCGCAUCACGACAUGGAACGUCAAUGGUAUACGGCAAUCCAUGUUCGAUACCCUGGAAGCAGACAUUGUCGUAUUCCAAGAAACAAAAAUCCAGCGAAAGGACCUACGCGAUGACAUGGUUCUCGUUCCCGGAUGGGACUGCUUUUUCAGUCUUCCCAAGCACAAGAAAGGCUACUCUGGAGUCGUAAUAUACACGCGAAACGCCACAUGUGCGCCCAUCCGUGCAGAGGAAGGAAUCACAGGGUUUCUCUCUCCGCCCAACUCGACCACUGCUUUUCGCGACAUGCCUGACGAUCAGCAAAUCGGCGGGUAUCCUUCACUCGAACAGCUUUCCGAAGCACCAGUUGAUGCUGUCAGUCUUGACUGCGAAGGACGCUGCGUUAUUCUCGAGUUCCCCGCGUUCGUUCUGCUAGGCGUGUACAGUCCCGCGGCUCGCGACGAGACUCGAGACGAUUUUCGACAAGGGUUUGUGAGCUUGCUCGACGCUCGGAUUCGGAAUAUCGUGUCCAUGGGCAAAAGAGUCAUUUUGACUGGCGAUCUCAAUGUCUCCGUCGGCGCAAUUGACUCGGCCCAUUUAAUAGAAGCCAUGCGCAAGGGCAGUGGAAGCGAGGACGAGUUUGUAUCGUCUCCUGUCCGGCGCAUCUAUAACCAGUUAAUUGAAGGAGCUAGAGUUAUUGGGGAGCGUGAUGAGGGGAGAGAAGCACCGGCGUUGCAUGAUAUCUGUCGCUCAUUUCACCCAGAUCGGAGAGGAAUGUACACUUGCUGGGAGACCAGAGUAAAUGCACGGCCUGGGAACUACGGAGCGAGAAUAGAUUAUGUCUUGAGCAGUUUGGACAUGAAGGAGUGGUGGUCUGACUCUAAUAUCCAGGAAGGACUCAUGGGAUCCGAUCAUUGUCCCGUGUUUGCCGUUUUCAAAGAUAAAGUGCCGAUGGAUGACGGCGAGGUAGAUAUUCACGAUAUCGUCAAUCCUCCGGGCAUGUUUGUCGAGGGCGAACGACAGCGCGAGUAUUCGACCAAGGACCUCCUACCGUUGUCUGGCCGUCUCAUUCCAGAGUUUGACCGUCGAAGAAGCAUCAAGGAUAUGUUUUUCGGCAAACCGGCCACUUCGUCUACAGGGAACCGUAGUAUUCGUACGAGCGACACUGAGGCAUCUGCAGCAACAGAUGCUACUGUUGAUGAUGCCACUGCGACGGAUAAAAAUGUAGCAACAUCUCUACCAGCGAUUACUGAAGGGACGACAUCUACUCUUCCAAAUAGCAACUCGAAACGUCCACGCACAGAGGCCACGGUCCCGCCCUCAGCUAAAAGAAGCAAAUCAGCCAGCAAACCAGAGACAGGCAAAGGACAACAAAGCUUGAUGGGUUUUUUCCGGCCCAAGAAAACAGAAGAGUCAAACAGUGAUACCCCCGACAACAGCACAUUGCAAACCAACUCCAACAACAGCCCCACGAAACCAUCCCCGUCGCCAUCGCCAGCCAAGGCACCAGCCCCAAAAGAAGAGACAAUAAUCGACCCCAUCGUCAGCAAAGAGUCGUGGUCGAAGCUAUUUACCAAAAAGGCAGCGCCCAAAUGCGAGGACCACGAAGAGCCUUGCAUGAUGAUGACAACGAAGAAGGCGGGCGUCAACUGUGGCCGAUCGUUCUGGAUGUGUUCGCGUCCGCUGGGUCCAACGGGGCAGAAGGAGCGAGGAACGCAGUGGCGAUGUGGGACUUUUAUCUGGGCGAGCGAUUGGACUGGGUAG